AUGGCGAUCUGCGCUCAGUCCUACGGUAUAUUCUGUCUGUUCUCAAUCCAAACUAUCCUCAUCAUCAGUUUAUCUUCGCCGGCAACGGGGAGCCUCCGCUUUCCCCAACACUACACAAUGAUGCAUUGGGCAGGCCGCAUUGAGAAGGAGCUGGAGAAGACUAUACAGUUGGUCACUGGAACCCAGCAGAUAAGAGGGAUUUACAAUGAGAAGAAGAGUCAGUUUGACAUCAAGAGGAACAAUCCCAAGGACCUGGUGGAGAGGGUGGCACGAGACAUCGCCAAGCUGCUCACUAGCAAGAGGAGAGCCCUGGAGAGGCUGGCCAGGGAGGCGGAGCAGCUGCAGACAGAUUUUCCCUGGCUGGACAGUAUCAAGGAGAGCGACAUGGAGUACUAUGAUUCGAAAGCGGAAUCAGACUAUACGGAGGACGGAGAUGGGGAAGAGAACCUGAUGGAGAACCCCUACUCCAUGAAGCUGGAGUUUGUGGACGAUCCCAACUUUAAAAACAAGGUCAACUACUCCUACAGUGCCGUCCAGAUCCCCACAGACAUCUAUAAGGGCUCACCAGUCAUCCUGAAUGAGCUGAACUGGACCCAGGCUCUGGAGAGGGUUUUCAUUGAUAACCGCCGGGAGGACAGCUCUCUGCGCUGGCAGGUGUUCGGCAGCGCCACGGGGGUCACAAGAUAUUACCCAGCCACUCCAUGGAGAGCACCCAAUAAGAUUGACCUGUAUGACGUCCGCAGGCGGCCAUGGUAUAUCCAAGGGGCAUCAUCUCCCAAGGACAUGAUCAUCAUCGUGGACGUGAGUGGCAGUGUCAGUGGACUCACUCUGAAACUGAUGAAGACGUCGGUCAUGGAGAUGCUAGACACUCUGUCAGAUGACGACUAUGUGAAUGUAGCCAGGUUUAACGAGAAGGCUGAUGCUGUCGUCCCCUGUUUUAAGACCUUGGUCCAGGCCAACAUGAGAAACAAGAAGAUCUUCAAGGAGUCUAUCAUGCACAUGCAAGCCAAAGGAACCACUGACUACAAGUCUGGCUUCCAGUUCGCCUUCGAACAGCUACUCAAUGAUACCGGCGCCCCGAGGGCGGGCUGCAAUAAGAUGAUAAUGAUGUUUACAGAUGGAGGAGAGGAUCGUGCACAGGACAUCUUUGAGAAGUACAACUGGCCCAACAAAACAAUUCGAGUAUUUACCUUUUCAGUCGGGCAGCACAACUAUGAUGUCACCCCCUUGCAGUGGAUAGCUUGUGCCAACAAAGGAUUCUACUACGAGAUUCCAUCCAUUGGAGCCAUCAGAAUUAACACGCAGGAGUACCUGGAUGUGCUGGGUCGGCCCAUGGUGCUGGCUGGGCCCAAGGCCAAGCAGGUCCAAUGGACCAACGUCUACCAGGAUGCUCUGGGUCUGGGUCUGGUCAUAACUGGGACCAUGCCAGUCUUCAACCUCACCGCUGAUGCAAACUCUCAGACGCAGCUUGUCCUUGGUGUCAUGGGAGUGGAUGUUGCAAUCAACGAAAUUAAGAGGAAGACACCAACAUACAGGCUUGGAGCCAAUGGAUACACCUUUGCGAUCGACCAAAAUGGCUAUUUGCUCCUGCACCCCAACCUGCAACCUAAGAUCAUUAACUUCAGAGAACCUGUCACCCUGGACUUCCUGGAUGCUGAGCUAGAGGACAGUAAAAAGGAGGAGAUCCGUCGAGAAAUGAUUGAUGGCAAAUCAGGGCAAAAGAAAAUCAAGACUCUCAUUAAGUCAGUUGAUGAGAGGUACAUUGAUGAGGCCAUGCGGACAUACACCUGGACACCAGUGGAGGGCACAGAUUACAGUCUAGGGCUGGUACUGCCCACAUACAGUGAGAACCACAUCAAGGCUAACCUGAGUGACCAGAUCCUGCAGGUGCAGUAUAAUCUUCCCCUUUCUGUUGCAGAUUUUGAAUCUCUGCUGCCAAACAGUUUUGAGUCUGAAGGACAUGUAUUCAUAGCUCCCAGGGAAUACUGCAACGAGCUAGAGCUCUCCAACAACAACACUGAGUUCCUGCUCAACUUCAUCGCUCUCAUGGAGAAGGUGACACCUGACUCCAAACAAUGUGACAACCUGCUCCUUCAUAACCUCAUCCUGGACACUGGCAUCAUCAGACAGCUGGUGGAGAAGGUGUGGAAGACCAAAGACCUCAACACAUAUGGCUUUCUGGCGGUGUUUGCUGCAACAGAUGGAGGGAUUACAAGAGUGUUUCCCAACAAGGCUGCUGAGACCUGGGAAGAGGACCCUGAGCCUUUUAAUGCCAGCUAUUACCGCCGCAGUCUGGACAACAAGGGCUACAUCUUCAGAGCGCCUUAUCGCACCGUGAAUGAUGAGCUGCUGAACCCAGAGAACGACACCAUAGGAAUCCUGGUCAGCACUGCAGUGGAGAUCACAGUGGGAGGGAAAACCAUCAAACCUGUAGUGGUUGGAGUAAAGCUGGAUCUUGAGGCCUGGGUGGACAAAUUCAAGAUCCUGGCUAGCAACCAAACAAGUCCAACAAGUGACAACCGCCAAGUCCAACAAACGUGUGGACCAACCAGUGGCUGUGAGAUGGACUGUGAAGCCAACAGCGAAGACCUUCUUUGUUACCUGGUGGAUGACGGUGGUUUCCUGAUCAUGUCCAAUCAGAAGGAUUACUGGAACAAGAUUGGCAUGUUCUUCAGUGAGGUGGACCCCUACCUGAUGCAUGCUCUCUACAACAACUCCUUUUACAACCGGAAGCAGUCCUUUGACUACCAGUCUGUGUGUGACCCCGUGCCAAGCAGCAACACCGGGGCUGCACCAAGAGGAGUCUUUGUGCCCACCAUUGCAGACUUUGUGAACCUGGCCUGGUGGUCAUCAGCAGCUGCCUGGUCCCUAUUUCAGCAGCUGCUCUAUGGAAUGGCCUACCACAGUUGGUUUGUCACAGAUGAGGUAGAAGCAGAGGGGAUGGACUCCAGAGAGACCAGCUGUGUGACGAUACAGACUCAGUUCUACUUCACUAACAUCAACAGCUCCUAUGACAUCCUGCAAGACUGUGGCAACUGCUCCAGGCUGAUCCAUGCCAAGAGGUUAAACAACACCAACCUCCUGUUUGUGGUGGCAGAGAAGAUGCCCUGCAACACCUGUGAGGUGGAGAAACUGUCCCAGGCGGAGACAGAGUUCAAGGAGGAUAACCCAUCAUGUGAGGACAUGAGUGCAGCGAGGUAUCGAAAAGGGCCCGCUGUGUGCUACGACUACAAUCUUUCUGAGAACACAUCAGACUGUGGGCGGGGCCACUCCUUCCGCCCCUCACUCCAGACCCUGCUCAUGAUUCAGCUCUUCCUCCUCUAUCCAAUCGCCAGCCCCCAUAUUCUGCCCCUUUUACUUUAA